GUCGUCUUUAAGAUAAAGCUUCAUUGGCAACGAUUAGAAGUCGAAUGUAAGUCAUGAUGCAAUGUAUGAUUUGUACAAUUUAUUAACGGAGCUAAAAACAUUAAUAACUUAAAUUACCAUUUUUAGUUUCUGUUAACAUUUUAUAUAGCUAAUAGAUUAAAAGAAAGAAAGAAUCAUAUAGGUACGACUAUCAUUUAAUUUUAUUUCCAAUUAAUGUUUUCAAUUUCAACGAUGAAAUAAAAUGAGGUUUCAGUUUUUUCAGGUCUUCAGUUUCUUUUUAAUAAUUAAAUAUUAAAUAACAAUAUAAAUUAUAAAUAUAAUUUAAAAAUGUAAUUAAAUUAUUUUCCCCCCAACAAACCGAUUUCUUAGAAUUUUGAAUUAAAUUAAAAGAGCUGACAAACAAAAUGGAAACCAACAACUGUGGUAAUCAUAAUAAUAAUAUCAAUUCUGUGCAUGUGCACACUGAUGAUGAGGUACUAAACAGAAUUUACAGCCCUUUGUAUUACCACAUCUUAACACCCACUUGUCUCAAACACAUGGCUAGAGAAUGGUUGAAAGAAGACACCCCUAGUUUUGACUUUGCUGGUUUUGUUGUUGGUGAAAAGGAAGAAAAUGCAAUUCUUUUGAUGAAAGAGCCUGGAGUUAUUGCUGGUAAGCCCUUUGUUGAUGCUGUGUUCCAAGAGUUAGACUGCUCUAUACAUUGGCAUGUCCAAGAAGGAGAUUACAUUGAACCAAUAAAAAAAGUUGCUACUGUUUCUGGCAAAGUAAGGCAUUUAUUGCUUGGGGAAAGAGUUGCUUUGAAUUGUAUCACAAGAGCAAGCGGUAUAGCAACAAUGGCUCGAAGGGUAGCUCAAAAAGCUGAAUUGUGUGGUUGGAAAGGAGAAGUGGCAGGGACAAGAAAAACUACACCAGGUUUUCGAUUGGUUGAAAAAUAUGCCCUACUAGUAGGAGGUGUCUCGACACAUCGUCAUGAUCUGUCGUCUAUGAUUAUGCUGAAGGAUAACCAUAUCUGGACAGCUGGAAGUAUUUCACAGGUAAAGACAAUUGAAGAUAAACUUAUUCAAGAUUUACAAAAUUUUGUUUUAUGAAAUGAUGAAAUAGGGCUUAACUGUAUUCAGACUAUCUCUAACAAACAAGAGAUCAAUCAAAUCAAUUUUAAACAACCAUUUUCAUGUUUUUCAAGAAUUUGGUUGAUAUAUAUAAGAAAGUAUAUACUAUAAAAAAAUUAAUCAAAAUAAAACAAUUAUUAAAUGCCAGUAUUUCUUGAACUAUUCAGGCUGUUAAAGAUGCACGCAUUGUAGGAGGUUUUUCUUUGAAGAUAGAGGUAGAAUGCAGAAGUUUACAGGAAGCCACUGAGGCUGCCAAAGCUGGUGCUGAAAUCAUCAUGCUGGACAAUUUUUCACCUGAGGUACAGUGUUAAUUUUCCAAGAAAAAUAAAGUAAUAAACAUGGAGAAAAAUAUCACCUUCUUUUUAAAGUUCCUAUUGGUUGGGGACUAGAUCUACCUGCUUUUAUGUAAAAUGGACAUUGAGCUACUUUUUUAAUGACACACAAUUAGCUGCAAUGAUUUGAGUGUGUCCACCAUGUUUUGCAUUUUUCUUUUCAGUCUGCAGAAAAAGCCUCAAGGGAGUUAAAAUCUACAUUUCCAAACAUCAUUGUAGAAGUUAGUGGAGGAAUUACUGAGGAAACACUCACAGACUUUUGCACCUCUAAUGUUGAUGUUAUUUCAUUGAGCCAACUGACCCAAGGAUACAGUACUAUUGAUUUUUCAUUAAAGAUUAACAAAGCUGGGAAGGAUUUAAGUAAUCCAACUGUUAGAGAUGUUUGAUAAUAACUUUUUAAAAAAAUAUUUUAACAUAGACAUCAACCAAAAAUAAAGUGUUUAAUGGAGAGGUUAAUUUUAAAAAAAAAAGUUUUUCAAAGCCAUCCAUUUUAAACUUUUACCAGGAAACUGCUCAAAAACUUUACUUUUACAGCUGAUAGGUAUAAAUAAACAAAUGCAAAAAAGAAUAAACAGCAUUUUAACUUUAUCUUGUCCUUUUAAAUAAUUUGUUUUAUAAAUGAAAAGCAUUUUUCUAAAGAUAUAUCAGAACUUUGUCAUUAAUUUAUUUUUUAAAGUUAUCCCAGAAAGUAUCUUAAUUAAAAUAUUGUGCAUUUUUUGUAAUUACUGUUUGUUCAUUAUUUUGAUAAUGGCUUGUGAGCAUUGGCCUUGCCAACAAAUUAAGAUAGUUAAGCCAGUGAAUUUUUAUACUGAGAUUUAUUCAUAUUUGAAAGGUUGAUGACUAUCUGGUUUCUACAUGUCUGCUCACAUUCUACCACUCUAUAUCGACUAAUUGGUUUUUAAGACCUACUCUUUGAAAUACCUUGCAGUCAUGUAAAACAAAAAUUAACUUGACAAUGCCGACUUAAUGACUAGUUAUUAAGUUAUUAGUAAUAAAAAAAUAUUAGACCAUGAUGCAGUGUUAGUUUGUGUGUUUCACUGUGCUCUUUAUGCAUUUCACAUUGCAGGAGUUGCUGGAAUUAGCAUUGUGUCAGUGUCAUAUGGCCUUCAAGGCUUCAUCUCGGGGUUUGAAUCAGUGUUUGCCUUUUCUUAGAUGAGUUGCCAUUCAGUGUUAACGAGUCCCAUCAACCCGGGAUGGGGGUUGUAUUUUUGCCUGUCUAGGCUUUUUGCGACUAGUCCACAAGCUUGGAAUUGAUUCAGUUUAAACCAGUCAGCCACUCUUCACCUUGGUCAUCAUCGUGGUUUAUUUCCAGUCAUAUUGACUAGGUCUUGCCAUUGGAACUAAUUGGCAAAGACGAUCUAGUGAAGUUGAUGAAUUGAAGAACUCUCACUCACUUAAAACAAAAUAUAGCUCAAAUCACGGCUACUACUCAAGUCAAAGCCUUGGUCAUCUUUGCAUGCAAAGGGCAAACAAUGGCAAUAUUAGUAAGAUUAUCUUAGUCUCAUGGCCUGCGCAGCAUUUAUUUUUCAAAAUUUUGUAAAACAUUUCUUUGUUCUUUGAUAAUGUCUUCCAAGAAAACAGAAAGCAUUUAUUACAUUAUUUUAGUUUUACAAAAAUAAUGUACAGAUUUUUAAAUGAUUGUGCUAUUUCUUCUUAAUGUAAACAAACAUUUUUCUUUCUUCUAUUUGACAGCUUACAUAAAAAAGUUAUUGCUCUUUUUAAAUCCUUUAUAAUAUAUUAACUUUGCUUUUGUUCAUGUGUUUCAGUGUUUAAGGCAAAAUUUUCAGAUGGCUAAUUGACCCACUUCCCAUCAACCUAUUGAACUGAAUCUUGGCACAUUGUAUCACAUUUUCAGCCCCUCCCCAAAAAAUCAGCUUUCCCUGAUUUUCAAGGGGAAGAUGAAUGAAAUAUAAUUUGUUCAAUAUUUGCAUGUUUUGUUGUGAAGAUUAAUUGUGUAGCUGUUGUUACGUGCCUUGUAAUUUAGAAAUAUUGGUAUCUAUCUCUUUAUGUGUCCCAAAACUAGACAGCUUUUAUACAUUAACCCUUUCAUUACUGGUGGUUUUGGCACCGAUUUUUGCAGACUCAUCGAUAAAAUAUGUUAGAAAUUUCCAGUAUUAUUCAUUCUCUUUUCGAUUCGCUUAUUAACUUCUCCAUAGAUUAACAAAUAAAGAAAUAUAUAGCACUGAAAUAUUACAUCUAUGUGACAUCCUCGAUUUUUCAGAAAAGUUCUUUGCCUCUUUGUUAUGACGACAAUGUGACGUCCUUGGUAAUUGAAAGUGGGUAAUUGUGAGGUCGCGUCGACGUCAUUGGUAACGAAAGGGUUAAUAUUUACUUUAUAUAAUUUUCUUAUAAAACAAUACAUAACCUGCAUUUUAAUGAUGAUUUCAAAUUGGCAAAGUUCCAGUUUAUAACUCAUCAAUCCCUGAUGUAAAGGAUUUAGUGACUUGUAAGGAAAAAAAGAGCAAUACAAAGCUUAUACUUAUAGUUAUAGCAAAUGAACUGUUUUCAUAAACUUAUCUAUGCAUUUAAAUUUAAUUGAUUUAUUUCAACAUUAAAUUAUAAUGGACUAUCACUUCUAAUGGUUAAAU